AUUCCUUCUCCAAACAAAAAUUAUUAUAAUCCUUUCCUUUUUCAUAAUCCCUCAUUUCUUCUUAUUCCUUAUUCCUUUCUCCCCUUUAUUCCUUUUUGGGUGAAGACCCGAAUGGGUUGCAAAAUCUCAAAAUCAGCUCCAUUGGAGGAAUCAACUCCGUAUAAUUCCUUACAUGACCGCUCUGCUCUUGCUUCUGAUACCCCUUUUUCAGAGAGUGAGAUUGAGUCUUUGCAUAAUCUAUUUCAGAAACUGAGUGAUUCUGUAAUCAAAGAUGGCCUAAUUCACAAGGAAGAACUACGGCUUGCAAUCUUCAAGAAUGUCAAUGAAAGAAACCUCUUUUUGGACAGGAUUUUUGAUCUGUUUGAUGCUAACAAAAAUGGGCGAAUUGGAUUUGAGGAAUUUGUUAAGACAUUGAGUGUCUUCCAUCCCAACACUCCAAAGGCAGUCAAGAUUGCACAUGCAUUUAAGCUGUACGAUCUUAGGCACACUGGAUUCAUUGAGCGUGAAGAGCUGAGAGAGAUGGUGUUGGCUCUUCUGUCUGAAUCCGAUCUAGUUCUGCCCGAUGAUGUAGUCAAAAUGAUUGUCGACAAGACUUUUGAUGAAGCAGAUGCAAAGGGUGAUGGUAAGAUUGAUGAGGAAGAGUGGAAAGCAUAUGUAGCACAAAAUCCUUCUCUACUAAAGCACAUGACAAUUCCAUAUUUGAUGAGACGCUCUAUGGUAUCACAAGACAUCUGUUUUAUCAAUGGCAAACAUCACACACGUAUGAGUUCUAUUUGCUUACAGAGACAUGAGACUGGCAUUUCCCAGCUUUGUGGACAGUGGAGUCAAAAGCUCUGAUCUGAAGGCUUGACCUACGAAGGUUCUCAAAAUCCUUGUCUUGACAGAUGGCUUAAGCAGUUUACAAACACCAUUUCUUUUGCAGCAGCCGAAACUGGUUCACGUUCCUUUGCUCCAAUGAUCCUGCAAUUUGAAUUUCAUUUCCGUGAGCAUCUAAUUCAUCAGUCAGUUCCUGGUGAAGAAGAUAUCUCCACUAGAAGUUCCAUGAUUGAGUUUCGCCACUUCGGCUAGCUUCUGAAAAAGGGGCACAAAAUGGCUCUCAUCUUCACAUCCGAAUCAUAGUGUAUUUGUAUAUCAAAACCUUAGUUAAGGAACAAUAAUAUAAUCUACAGAUUGUAAAAUGAUAAAUAAGAAGUUACAACUGGAUAUUCACAAA